UCAGAACCGUUGAAUGUUGAGAAGUGUCAAGAGCAGCUUAAGUCUUAUUACAACAAGUCUUAUUACAACACCUUUAGCAAGGUGAAAAUCACUCCAUGGGACGACAGCUCUUCCAUUCAGAUUGAUGAGAUCUACACACCUUUGUCUUGGGUCAGAGAUCACAGGAAGCCCAGCGGAGUGACACAAGAGGAACUUGAAGACUACACCGACAUGUUCAAGGAAGAUGAAUAUGAUCGCAAACCAAUGCGAAUGCUUGUUUAUGGUCGGCCAGGAAUUGGCAAGAGUAGUAUAGCGCGUCUGACUAGCAAUUCCCGCGCGGCCUGGGUCCGAGUUUGAGUAAUAAUAUAUUCAUGCCAUGUAGGUACACGUGUUAGGGUUAUUAGAUAAUUAUAUUCAUGACGUGUAGGUACACGAAGGUAAAAAUUGAUUAAUUAAUGUGCGAGUGUCCAUGUCGGCCAUCUUUGUUAUUAAAGAUAAGGGUCGGUUUGAUAUAUAUAUGGAACGGUAGCGUAAAAAUCAUCCAUGUGGGAUACCUAUUUGUGUGAUGCGCAUGCGCAAUCUUCUGAUUAAAAAUGUACGCAUGCGCAAUGCUUUAGAGCCAGUCCCUAUGUGGUAUGAAUGUCACGAAAUGUCCUAUGGCUAGUACUUAUGUGGUGUAAGACGUCACAAAAUGUUGCGUGUGACGUCAUCUGCCCAGACUUGCCCACCCAAGCUAAAUCUCAAGAGAGAUGUUGCCUAAACUUGUCUAGGACUUGCUCAAGAGUUGUCUAGUAUUGCUUAAGGCUGUCCGAAUCUCUAGGGGUUAGGAUUUAUUAUUUAAAGUGACGUCGUUGUAAGUAGAAGGAGUCAUAAACAUGCCUAUUUUUCAAUAUCCCUACGAUUUUACGUGUACAUGCAAAACAUGUGUCUGCUUACAACGCGUUUCACGUGGGUGGAUCAUCUUACAUCCAAUGUAUUACUUGGUUGGUUACUGACAUCAAGGCUAUGACAGAAUUUGAACACUCUUUAAAAUGGUAUCGCUUACGCCAUAAAAACCGAGGUAUUAUUAGAGAUUCAGCCAGUCUCCAUUACCAUGGAUUGUGACAGAGCUCUCGAGAGUCCUAGAGAAAUUAUCUAUCGUAGUUAUCUCUGCUCUCCAUCUCGAGUACAACUUCGAUAUUGACCAGAGCAAGAAAAAAGGCCGCGCAAGUGUGUUGUUACAUCCAAUUCCGGGAUGGGAGGAUCCAAGGCUCAAAAGAAAAUUUCCAAUCUAAAACGCAAGAUUCGUCAGCAAGCAUCGAAACAUGUUCAUUCUUGUAAGGAAAAAGAUCUGGAAAUACAGGAAUUAAAACUAAGGGAAAGACAUCAUGACAUUGUAUUUCGCGAUGCCUUACGAUACAUUUACCACCCCUAUGGAAACCAGAGAUGUAUCUACUAUACCAACUGGGAUAAAGAAGUCGCAGAUGGUUUCCAUUCUGCCUACCACGAAAUAGAUUACAGAUAGAGAGACAAAAUGUAAAACCAUGUAAAAGUUUAUUAAUUACAAAAAGUACGCUACGGGUGUUGAAUAAAAAUGUGUAAUAUUAUAAUUGUUUGAAUUGUAAUUAGUAGUUAACCAAAGAUAAUCUUCUAUAAGGGGUGCUGCUACAUCUUCCUCAUAAUCUACAAAACCCCAACUUAUGACUGGUGUGACAUUACAAAUCUGAUUCACAACCAUAAAAAAGUGAAAUUGGUUAAAAAGUACAACAAUUUCAUCAUCUUCCAUAUCUAAAAGACACCAUAGUGUGAAAAAAAACUCGUCGAGAUCCUCCAGAGGGAAAUCAUCCAAAGGGAGUUCAUUCUAAAAAUGUAAAAAAUUUAAUUUCAUAGUCAUUACUUGACCACGUCGUAGCCAACCACUCAUACCUAUGGAGCUCUCUUUCUUGGAUAUCAUAAAAACAAUGUAUGAAUUGGUUUAUGUUAUACAGUGAAAGAACACAAUUUAAAAAAUCAACAUCUUGAAAAUAAACAGCUAAAUUAAAGUUUUCCAUGACUGAUAAUUCAAAUUUUGAAUUUCUAAAAAACAAAUAGAGGGCAUCUGUAUCCACAUAGUUUUGAUGUAUCUACGAAAGAGAAACCCCAUAUAAACGAAUAUGAAAAAGUUGACCAUAAAAGUAAUUUUGCAGUAAUUCCAUGGGUACGCGAUUACUACCAGGUAUUAUUUCAACAAACGGUAACACGGAAUUAGGUAAGAUAUACAAAUGUAAAUAAUGAUUCCAUAAUUGUCUUGGCGUAUAAAAACCGUGUCGUUCUUCAGCAACUAAUUGUAACCUGAGGUAAAAAUUUCUCAUAAAACAUGCUUGUAUUGAAAAAUAACAUCUGGGAAGAGGUCGUUGAAAAUGUCUUCGUAAAGAACGAAUUAAAUAGUAUGUGGUAGUCUUUAUAAUCGGAAAUCUAACUAAAAGUCUACAGAUUGAUUCUUGAGGUAUCUAUAAAAUAGAAAAUAAACGUACUCGCAUAAAUAAAUUGCUAUGACAAUAAGAUCGGUUUAAUCUUCUUGUUUCGUAGAUACCCGCAUGUAUUCCUAACAUAUCACUUAUUACAGUAUUUUCUAAAAGAACAUCAAAAAGUAAUUGAUAAUAAAAUGUAUCGGGAAAUAAGUGAUGCGCUUGAAAAAAACUAUUUUGAAAUUCCAUACAAAAUUGUACAUGAAUCACAUAAUAUUCCAGUCUAUUUAUUAUAAUUCUUAGAGCUUGAAAAAGAGCUCUUAAAGAAUUUCGAAUGAAAUUUGUUUCUUGAUCAGUCACAUAGAGCAAACAUAAAGUGGACAGGUAAUCAUGUGGAGGAAUCUGAAAUCAUUAAAAAAAGUCUAAUUGAAUUACUAUUGUGUAAAAUGUCGUAAUAAAAAGAAAAAUGAGCUCUCAUAUAAAAUUCAGACUCUCCUACAUGUCAAUAAAAUUUAAAGAGCAAAAAAAAAAAAAAAAAAUAUUAUCUAAAACGUUCACGAAACAUAUAGUGGCAAUGACGAAUAGAAUCACGAUUUGAAUGCGCUGGGAAACGCAAUUGAAACCUAAAAAAUUGGUAUAGUACUCUUCUAAUGUGAUGAAAAAAAGCUACUAAAAACUCAGCGAAAGGAAAGUGUUGAGUCAAAAACAAUCUGCGUAUACGAGCUGGAACGAUUUCAUCGAUAUAGCGUUCAAAAUACGUGUUAAAAUCUGGAGGUUUAUAAAUUUCAAUUCGAAUCAAAUCAUGUUCCACAUCCAGUCUAGUAAGAAUAUUCCGCAUAUCGGUGAUCAGACGAAGUAAAUAAUUGCUCAUAAACUCAUGAUCGACGAUAAAAUACGAUGCUUCAAAUACGUCAUGCAUCUAAAGAUGAAUAGAAAAAAGGUUGUCUUAGUUUUUAAAAAAAUUUUUUUUUUGAAAUGUUCACGCAAACAACGAUUCGUAAAAUAAAAAAACACACAUACCUGUUGAAUCCUGGCUUCGAGCGCUCCAGGUUGAAGCAAUGCUUCCAAAUCUUGGAUGGCCUGUUGUCUUUGUGCUUCUCUCCUUGCCAAAUCCUCGUUUAUCGGUGGAUUUCUUAUUGGAUCGAUGGCGGCUUGGGCAGCAAAUGGUCGUCGGCAGUGUCCACAUGCAGCCGAUGUAUGGACAUGUUGCUGGUAACAUUCACGGUGAACUCGUCUUGUACAGCAUGGUGUCGCUGUAGCAUUAUACAUGUUUACAGUAAUUGGAGUCAAACAGAUGAAGCAAUCGUAGGGCGCUCCGUCUUCUUCGACAUCCUGACGUCUUAAUCGUCGUGAUCUUCUAACAGGAGGCAUCUAAAAGAGAAAAGCGAAGUAAAAUGUUAAAAAGCAAAUCUAGCAUAUAAAAAACGAAUCGCAAUCACAAACUUACCUUGUGUCACACUUGUAGUUCACGUAGAAGAUCACACACACGUCAAAACUUCUUCUUACUGAUAAAGUAGUAAAAUCGUAGUCAAAACCUUGAACCAACAGUUGACGCUUCUGCUUUAAACGCAAGUUGAAAAGUGGAAAGCGUUUCAACUACGUUUUCAAAUAAAACAGAGCCCCUUAGGGAGAUCAAUUAAACAAAUUUGAAGCUACCUGAGGCUGCCCAAUCCCCUAAGGAAAUCGUCGCCAAUCAGAGUCGUUGUAUACAGCCUGAAAAAUUUAAAAUUCAAAUUUCAUAAAAAACUACUACAAAGCUUGCGCCAUCAUCUCAAAGGCUGCAGAUGUAGAGGAAGGAGUAGUAAAGUGUAAAGUUGUAGAUUGAAUUGAGGGAUCGAGCGAUGGCGAAACGAAAGUUUGACGAAGUGGAAUAUGGGGAUGAUGGUAUUUCGGAUGACUUAUUAAACGAAAUUGGAGAAGUCUUUGAAAAUCAAUAUGGCAACGAUGUGACAGACUCGCAAAUGGUUCAAUUUGGUCGUGAAUUGGAUCAACAACAAUUAGAUGCCCUCGACAUUGGUUUGGAUGAACACCCUGAGCAAAUUGGUGGUGGUAUGCCCUUGUUUGAAUUUGAUUUUCAAAAAUUUGGUCUCCCCAAGCGGUGGAAGAAAUCAGCGGCGAAUCAACAAAGAUAUCGCGCCACAUUAAAACAGAGGCGUAACCCAACAAAGAACGAUAAUGUGGGAAAAGAAGUCACGGAGGCUUUAGUCAGGUAAGAUGAUCAUGAUUUAGUUUCUGUCGUUAAGUAAUUGCUACGAGCACUAUGAAACAGACAUAGAUAAAAAUCAUCAUGCGUCUUCGAUAUACGGAGAAGCUGACCUAGCAAUAUCAAAACUUGUCUUAGAAAUCAAAAAUGAAAGAGAAAAAACUGCUAGAUCCCUAAAGACCUUUUUUAUUUCUCAGAUCGAUGAAAGAAACACUCCAUCGCAAAAAAGUUACCGAUCAGUGGCAAAACAAAACAUUGAAAGAUACAGAUGAAGUGUUUUUAAACUUUAAAGCCGAGAAAUUUGACCACCACGUACAAACACAACGCUUUACUGUCGGUGAAAUCAUGAAUGGAAAUGGCGAAGAGCGAUUUGGUGCAUAUAUGAACCAACUGGCCAAUCAACUUAACUCGAAUGAAUCUUUUAGCCCUGAGGAUAAGUUCGCCGUCGACCUCACCAUCGUGCCAAAAUCAAAGGAAGGUGGUAAAUCCAAAUUAACAAAGGGAAGACAUAAUAUUGAAGAUGUUCUCCACAACAAACAAUGUGUAUUACCGAUUAAAAAUUCAGAAGACAACCUUUGCCUUGCAAGAGCCAUUUGUCUAACAAAAGCCCACUUGCAUAAAGACGAUGGUGUAGAGGGAAAGCGUUACUAUAAGAAUCUUGGAAAUAAUCCGAAUGUGCUCACCCGAUGCGCCAAAUUCCUUCACAAGCAAGCUGGUGUGCCCGAAGGCCCUUGUGGGCGUGCCGAAUUAGAAAAGUUUCAACAGUACCUGGCAUGGCGCCCGACUACCAGUUGAAAGUGAUGACCACAUGCUAUCCAUAUUGCAUUACGUUUCAAGGAAACGUGGAAUCGCCAAAGUACAUCAUCCGCCUCCUGUAUCAACCAGAGUACGAAAGCGAUGUGGGUCAUUACCAUGGAUGUACGUCUUACCUCGGAUUCCUGGAAAGAUCGUAUUUUUGUGACACGUGCAACAAAGGCUUUGACCAUGACGACUUCCGCAACCACCCAUGCGAGGGCCGUCGCUGUAAAGCAUGCAAGCAGACCGAAUGUGGUACAAAACCUCACGAACCCACUCUCCACUGCUCAGCCUGCAACCGCCAUUUUUACAGUCAGAACUGCCUCGCCUUACACCGCGGAAAAAACAUCUGCAUGACCCUAGUACGAUGCGGUAACUGUUGCAAACAAUUUCAGCCAGACCCCCAACAGCUACACCGUUGUUACUUUGGAAAAUGCUCUAACUGUAAGGAGUACGUGGACCUUAGAGAACACAAAUGCUACAUUCAACCCAUCCCUGAACAAGAAGAUUCACCCAAACGGAAAACGAAAGCCAAAAUCAAGAAGCAUUUAAAAAUAAACCCCGAGGCAUCCGUGUACGAAGAACCAUCCAUCUUCGUCUACGCGGACUAUGAAGCCAUGAUCAGCGAAGACGGAACACACCUACCCAUUUGCGUCUGCGCUCAAACUUCCGAAAACAACACCUCCUACACGUUUUAUGGCGACGAUUGCAGUAAACAGUUUCUGGAAUUCUUGACGAACCUUACCGAAGAUCAGUACAAAGAACCGCGUGAAGUCAUCUGCAUAUUCCAUAAUUUAAAAGGGUAUGAUUCCAUUUUCAUACAGCAUCAGCUUGUGAUAGAAGGAAGAAAAUUCGAUGUGAUGAUUCCUAACGGCACAAAGAUGAUUUCUCUGGAAGCUGGUAAAAUCACAUUUAAAGAUUCCAUGGCUUUUCUUCCCAUGACUCUGUCCGCAUUUACCGACACCUUUGGUCUCACCGAGUUGAAAAAAGGCUUCUUCCCACACAAGUUUCAUACGCAAGAAAAUCGAAGUUAUGUGGGUCCGUUACCUGAAGUUUCUUACUAUGAUCCGGAGGAAUGUCGAGUAAGAAAAAAAGAAGAAUUCGAAGUGUGGUAUAGAGAAGAAGCAGCCAAACAACACCCAUUCGAUCUCAAAGAAGAACUGCUUGCAUACUGUCACUCAGAUGUUGCGUUACUGAAAGCUGGAUGUCACAAAUUCAUCCAAGAAUUUAAAAGCAUCGCCGGUUUCAAUCCUAUGGAAAAAUGCGUUACGAUCGCCGCAGCGUGUAACCGUUAUUGGAGGAGGAAACAUUUACCCUUAGAUCUCAUAGCAAUAGAACCUUCAUCGGGGUGGCGAGGUGCCCGUAUGAAUCACUCCAAAGCAUCAUUGGAAUGGUUGAUGUGGCAAGAAUACAAUACCGGAAGUCGAAUUCAGCACGCACGUAACGGAGGAGAGUAUCGUAUCCCUGUUGGCCCUACCUCGUACUUCGUGGAUGGUUACGAUGCACAGACCCGCACAGUCUACGAAUUUCACGGGUGCCUCUAUCAUGGCUGUCGUACCUGUUACACCAAUCGCAAACAAAUUCCGUUCUGUUCCAAUGGGUUGACCGUAAAAGCCUUACGCCAACAGACCAGUCAGAAAAUCCAAAAACUCCGCGGUAAAGGGAAUCGAGUGGUGGAAAUCUGGGGGUGCGAAUGGGAGAAAGAGAAGAAAGAAACAACAGCCAUUACCGAAUUUCUAAAAGAUUUGGAUAUCGUCCCUCCUUUGAACCCAAGAGAAGGUUUUUACGGUGGUAGAACGGGCGCCGCCUGCCUGUACCAUAAAGUAAAUGAAGAAGAAAGAGAAGAAAUCCGCUACAUCGACGUAACCUCUGAGUACCCCUACGUAAACAAGUAUGGUACGUACCCUGUAGGCCACCCGGACAUCUAUUUGGAACCAGAGAAUCAAGACCCUAGAAGUUACUUUGGCUUGAUGACUGUGGACAUCACCCCACCCGCUGACCUGUAUAACCCAGUCUUACCUUACCGUCAUAAAAUUGGAAACUCCUACAAGCUGACCUUCCCGUUAUGCCGUAAGUGUGUAGAAAUUGAGACACAGAAAGAACACAUGCUGGAACGCGACUAUCACUGCCCACACAGUGAUGAAGAACGAAUGUUACGAGGCACCUGGUGUACCCCAGAGAUACAUAAAGCAAUCGAAAAAGGAUACCGACUCGUCCGAAUUCAUGAAGUAUGGGACUUCCCGCAGCGUCGAAAGGGUCUGUUCCAACCGUACGUGGACACCUGGUUAAAAAUUAAGCAGGAGAGCGGUGGCUACCCAAACUGGGUGCGGACUGAUGCGCAAAAAGAAAAAUACAUUCAUUGCUAUGAAGAAAAAGAAGGUAUCCGACUCGACCCUACCAAGAUCGUCAAGAACCCCGGAAGAAAAGCCACGGCUAAACUCAUGCUUAACUCCUUCUGGGGGAAAUUUGGCCAACAAAACAAUAAAUCGAAGACCAAACAAUGCACGCAACCCUACGAACUCCUAGAUCUGCUUGACGACCCUCUCUUCACCGUAACAGACAUCCGUAUUCUUAAUUCCGAAGUGAUAGAAGUAUCGUACAAACGCGAUAAAGAAGAUCCUUACAAAGGGAGCAAUACUAAUAUUUUCAUCGCAGCAUUUACCACCUGUUUGGCCCGCCUUAAAUUGUACGAAUCGUUGGAGAAGUUGGGUGACCGAGUCUUAUAUUACGAUACAGACUCGGUCUUAUAUACAUGGAAACCGGGGCAGACAGAAAUCGAGCUUGGCGACUACCUCGGCGACAUGACCAACGAGCUUGACAAUGGCGACUUUAUUGUAGAAUUCAUCUCCGCAGGUGCGAAGAACUAUGGGUAUCAAACAAAGAAUGGUAAAGUGGUGUGCAAAGUAAAGGGAUUCUCGCUGAAUGUACGUGGUGCCAAACAGCUAAAUUACGACAUCAUCCGCCAAAAUAUUUUGGAUGAGGUUCUUCACCCGUUAGAUGAACAAAGAAAAACGCUGGUAGUCAACCCGACCCACUUCGUCAGAAACCCCACUUUGAAAAAAAUCAAGACUGAGACUCAGACCAAGUCGUAUCAACUCGUGUUUGACAAGCGAGUUUUAGAUCAUUCGCACGGUUUUAAGUCUUAUCCUUACGGAUAUUCGCGACUGGAUGCACAAGAUUUGGAGAACAUGGACUUGUUGCUUUUAUAAAAAACAAAACAAAACAAAACAAAACAAAAAAACAUUGACACUCAAAGCGAACAUUUUUUAAAUUAUUUUUUAAAUAAAACAAAGUUUUAAAAAAGUUUUCAUGACGUGUUUGUUAAUUCUUAAAGUAAACGGUUAAUUCUUGAAUCCUUUGGGUGACUACUUCCAUUUCGGUGAGGCGUACUACUUUUCGUAACUUUUCAUAAUAAUCCCUUCAUGUUUCUUUGAUUUGUUUUUCUUGAGAAAUCAUGCAUAAUUUAUAUUUGCGGCAUCGACAUGAAUACACUCGCGGCAUCUUUAGUGUCUACAACUUAACAAAAAACACUACACUGAACGUUUUCUAUGUUGUUCAAUAUUAUCAAGCCAUUUCUUUGAAAAAUAAGUUCUUUCCUCCACGUUACGUAUCAGUUCUUUUAAUUGGAGUUCUUUUUUAUCUUCCCAUGUAUGAUCCGUUUGCGUUUCUUUCUCUUCUUCUUUUUUCCUGGGCUUCGGUUUUUUGGCGGCGGUGGCUUCAGACAGACAGCCUCUGGCUGCCUCUUUUUGGUUAAACAUGUUAUCUCACUCCUCUAAAAUGCAAUGUGACUAUAGAAGCGCCGUCUGUAAACUGAGCCAAAUUAUUAUUUUCCGACUCACUCAUCUGUGUUUCCACCACAUCGAUGUGAUUCUUACGUAACUUGAUGUAAUGAAUCUGCUUGGGUUCGUAAUAAUAAUUUCCUUCCAAGAUUGGUUGGUAGUGUAUUUGACGUAUAAGAUCAGUCGUCUGAUCUCCCACGCGUACUGGAGCACAAAGCGAGGAAUACAUAUACAAGGUUCGUGGGUAAGGUAAAUUUAAGUAGGUACUUCUCUUAGUAUUGAUAAAGGUCCAGAUCAGAUCGCUAAGGAGAAAUCUAUGAUAUUUCUCCGCAAAUCGGUCUUUCCAUGGGAUCUCAUAUCUGUAAUACGCCAAACUGGAUGUAGUAAGCCUCCUAUCAUAACUCCACACCGUACCACGUUUGGUCACUGUGAGAUUAUGCGCCGGUCGUGAUACAUUACAAUUCUCUUUAAUAGGACCACUAACAAUACGACGAUAAGGAACUGUUGUUUUUUUCGUCCAACCAAACAACUCGCACAUGUCUCGAGGUAACUCAAAAUAGAGACCGUCACGAACUUCUUGAUGAGUUAUAUCAGUCGAUUUUACCUUGUCUGCUGUUACAGUAAUCGUUUCUUUAUCCUCAUCCGCAAUCACUUCAAAUUGUGCACUGUGUCCUGAAGAAAAAUGACUCCCAAACGCCGAGCCCAUAUUCAUAAUACAUUUUAAACGUUCUUCAUCAAACAAGGAUUUGAGUAAAUCGUGAACUGUCUCGAUACGAUGUUGUUUGAUGUCUCCAUACGUGACAUUGUAAGUCACUUUAUGUUGUAUAUCCCCAGUGGCUACUUUAACUCGUCCUGUGGUUAGCAAGACAUCAUCGUCUUUUAAUCCUUUGAGGUAACUGGACACCUUAGAAUCGUGUGGAAGCGAAAUACUACUCAAUCCCACUUCCCACUCUCCUUCUAAAUCGAUGCGUUUGUCUAAUCGAUUUUUCCAAGAAUUGUUUUUGUUGUCUGGAAAAUAUUUCAGACUCCCAUCGUUACUGGGUAACGUCAAGUAAAAAGUAUCACCUGACAUGAUGUGCUCUCGAUAACGACACAACUACAAAUGAACCGGAGACACACACUGUGUUGCAUUUUCACAAGUUUUAUUUCAUCAUUGUAGAGGCGUUACAAUUUUGUUUUAAGUUUAGCUUGCAUGAUUCGCUUCACAAUUUGCUCGGUUAAACUCUUCUUGCCUGGAAACUUAUCGAUUCCGGCUACCAUCUUACGAUCUGCAAUAUGUUUGUCAGCGAGUGAUUUAGCUUUACUGUAAUCAAUAUCGUGCUGUUUGGCUAAUCUAUCAAGACGAUUAAUUCCUGGAUCACCACGUUUUAAUCGCUUGGCUAAUUUUGUACCUGGACCCAUAUACUGGUAUCCGGGCCGAUGAAACUCGACACCUAACUUUGAAAUCCAUUUCUGAAUAUCAAAUUUUCCUCCUCUCUGUCGUUUUCCUUUUAGCCUUAGCUUGGACGGUUCUUGCCCCUCCCUUUGCCUUUCUUCGACUUUGGCGUUUCGUCAUCUUCAAACACUUGAUACGGGUCGUAACCUCUCUUUUCCCAAGGUUCCCAGUUACCAAAUUCUUUGAGUCGUUCCAAUUCCGUGCGAUGCUUUUGCGGUGUGGGAACAGGAAGUUUUCGUUUCGUUUUUUGUAUCUUUUGGGAUGGAGCUGUGAGAAAAGGAAUCUUGGACGUUCCCGGUUUCGCAGGGGUGACGGGUUCGUUCUUGAUCCCCACAGGUGUGACAGGUUCCCUCUUGAGUGUCAUCUGAGGUAAGGCGGCUUGUCCCCUCAUAUUUAUGGAUUUAAUGAGUUCUUUUAACAAUCCCUCUUGCAACCCCUCCAUGAGAUUACCAUCAUCGUCUCGAGGUGGAGGUUCUACACCACCGGCGAUAGGAAUCUGUCUCAAUUUGUCAGUAAGCUUGCGUUCUUGCAUUAACAAUUCUUUUACCACAGGUUCUUUUAAAGCAGCAGGAGUAGAUGUAUCUUCUAAUAACAGUUUUGCUUCAGCGGCCACGCGUGCGGCUUUGUCCAGAAGAGUACUUUCAGUAAUUUUUCCCUUGUAAUAAUCUACCAAAGCUCGAAACUCAUCGGGUUUCACCAUUAAGAACGUCUCCAUAAUCGCCACAAGGGUUCCACCACACGCAUACGCAACCACCGAAACAGUUGAGUUAUUGUGAGUCUACACUCGGUUGAAUCCUUAUAGUCACUGUCGUCGUCGUCGUAGUUGAAUUGCAAAUCAAACUUUAUACCCGUGUCCACUUCGUUUAUACCCUCUUGCACGGUGACAGUCAUGAUCUCUUGAAACACUGACAGAACGCGUCGUUCAUACCACUCCAAAAGCUACCGCCUGUUUGAUUCACAAGUAAUUGACGCCGCUUUCUUAAAGAGUUCCUCCGUUUACCCAACUCUCUCAACAUUACUCUAUAUUUCUUGAGUUUGGCAACGGUGGGCGGUGAUAAAGGUAUCUUUUUCUUCAACAUGUUCAACGUGAAUUCACUGACGGCAUUGAUUUGAUCUUUACUAGCGUGAAGUAAUUUUUCCAUACGACGCUUUCUAUUUUCUCUUGUAAAAUAGAUUUUAAAAAUCCACAUUUCUCUUGAAACUAUUAAUCAUCGCUUUUUCUUUGUAAGAGCUUCUAGGCCUUUUUAGCCCCAAACGAUGCAGCUCCUCCAAGGGCACUUAAACCCAAUGCUUUACCUCCAGCAAUGAGGGCUGGAAUGAGUGCCGCUAAUGGUAGGAUACCUCCUUUUGUCCUCUUUUGGUUAGUCUUCUUUUCACUCUUCUUCUCCUUCGGGUUGUGGGCAUACUGCGCUUAUAACCAGGCAUCUUUCUUAUUUAUUUCUCUCUGUAACAGCGUACACAACCUUCGUGUCGUAACAAGUGACUUAAAAGUCUCGUAGAAUCUCUACUUGCAGGGUGUACGUCAAAUAACAAAUAACCAUAGGGUCUGUCCGUACAUGCAUUAUAUAUAUCCAUAACAGGUAGCCACUUGGUCGGGUAUAUCUGUAGCAGUAAGGUGCGCAACGCCACUUUAUCUCUAGGAUUUUUAAAGGCAAUAAUGUAUUGCGCAUUCCUAGAGAUGGUCUUAGCAUAUUUUCCUUGAGGGAACAUGUCUUGGCAGAGAUAACACACGGUGACAUUCAUGUGGUGAGAAUAUUGUGUGAAAAGAUUAAGUAUUUCUCUGUCAUCUCCUCCCUCCGACAUGAGAUCAUCCAAGACAAGAAUACCCCUCGUUUAUCUCAAACCAUGUUGUUAAAUCGUCGUGGGUAGGCACUCCUUUAAAAAUUCUAUGCCAUGGCGUUGCAUGUCGUCAAACUUAUUUUGCCAGGAUCCAUAACAGUAAUGCACGCGGGGCGGUCUUUCGUCAAAGAGGUCUAAAUUUUCCAAAAGUAGGUGAUGGAGAAAGGUGGUUUUUCCACAACUUGUAGGGCCCACAAUCAAAAUAUUGGAAGGGGAUUUGAACGAAAAUCCUGGUUCCACACACUUGAACAUGAUUGCUAAAAGCGAGUUACACAAAAGUGACACGAUUUUAUUUCACUCCUUUUAGUUUAUUAACGAUUGAAUGAUGUCUUCUAACAUGUCGCCUACUUUAUCAUCGUUGCCUGCAUAAUCCUUUUUUAGAAAACAUGGAAAAAAACUCAUCCAUACUCUUGCGUCUUGCUUUACACAUUAAAUAAAUGAUGGCAUAGUUUCCACAACUUGCGGUUUUUACAGAUUGUAAUGCUCGAGUAUUUUUACGCACGUAAGGCCAUCGGUUUAACCAUACAAUGAAUGGUGUCAGAAAUUCAUAGGUGGUUAAAUCUAAACCAUAACUAUCUAAAAUUUCACAGCUAUCGUGUUCGGUCCACACAGCUAUCCAGUGUUCCCCAGGUUUGUCUGCAGGAUGUGUAUUGACAAUGUAAGCUCUCGGUUUCACACGUUCAGGCGACUCGGGUAGUUCGUCACAGGCUAAAGCACUCACAAAGUACUUGCGGAGUUCUGGAUCGCUAUCCGCUAAAGCGUUGAGUUGAUUCGUAGUAAGCCACACAAACUCCAUCACUAAUGCACUUCCAUCGUGGUAGCUCCUUUAAUGCCAUCAAUUUCCAUAAUGCUUUCAUAUUCAGCAUAAACGAUCACCGUUUUCUGACUUGCUUGCCCUGCACAUUUAAUGUGAAUGUUGAUGAAGCCUUCAUUUUUGGGUAGAAGAACCGGGUCAUCGUGUCUUCCAUUGGCCACAUUGGAAAACGCAAACAGCGUGCAAUUUUUUCCAUGACCCCAGUCUUUGAAUCGUACCAUGUUUCCUGCAUUUCUGUACAGACAGCCAGUAGCAUCCAGAAAUCGGUGAUAACCCACCAAGUCUUUUUGACCAUUAGCCGUGUUGAGUUCCAAAGUCUCGUAUGGGUAUUCUUCUCCAUUCACAAUUUGUUUGAUGUAUUCCACCCCAAAUUUUCCAAAGGCCAAGGGGUCUUCGUUGUAUUGACCAUUGAAUGCAGUAGUUUUCAGAAUACCAAUGAUGACUCUUUGGGGGACCUUUCCAUUGAAUGGGUUGUUGAUUUCUUUAGAAGUAGCCCCAUUGUCUAAGGGAAACUGUCUCAUCUCGGUACGGAUCAUGGGAUACUUGGUUGGGGUUUUGGUCAUCAUACUCAUCAUGCUCAUGUAGACGGCUGGGUUUAGGGACACCAGACAUAGAAAGAAGGUAAGUUUAAUAUUCUCUGGGUUGACUCGGACUUCCUCACUGGGUGGAUUGGCUUCUCCAUUCAUGAAUAAAGCUGCUGGAUUCAGAUAAAAUUCCAAUUCCAAAAGAGUUUUGGGGACGAUCCAUUUUCCUUGGUGAAACGCGUCUAUAAACGGUUUCAUUCUCAAGAUUCUCCUCUUUCCUCCUGCAUAGUAUUCUGUUGCAUCUGCUCUCUGUCUCUUGAUGCUUUCUUGAUGAUUUAUGGAAAGAGCUGUAUACGCGUCAUCAUCCAUCUUGACAUUUGCAGCGGUGUAGGUUACAGGAGAAUCAAUUUCGUUCCGCCAUCCAGCUGGUUCGAGUAUCGUCUCUCCAUCAUUCCUGUCAUAAUUAAGGAUCGUCUGUAUGAAAGCUUUAAGAUGGUACAUGUCUACUUGUUCGGUGAGUAAGGUACCAUUGGCUCUGAAAUUGAUUUGCUUGAAGAGGGUGUGUGCAAUAUUGUUGGCUGGUGAAGUCAUCACACCCACAUUGUUUGCGCGUGCUGUGAGACUGGCAUUUUCUGUGGUUUUGAAACCCAAAUCCAGUUGGACAAAACUUCUCGAAAGAUCGAUGAGAUCUGAUUGUCGUUCCACGUACACUUGGAUAGGAGUAAUACUAGAUGUCUGAGGUGGUAUUUUGACAUAUCGGUACUUUACCGUAGAAAGAUCUGUAGGUGGUAUUCUAAAGAGAUCUAGACUUGAAUUCUGCUCUGCCCCUUUGAUAGACAUGGUGAUGUGUCUGUUUCAACGUCUUCUGCGUUUAUGCACACGUUGUCGUGUUCCUAUUUUCUUUAUACGACUUGUGAGAAAUCCUCCUCCUUGCUGUUGUUUUUCUUCUUCUCCCUUUAUACCUUUUUUAAGAUGGAAGACACAGGAUCUGUCGGUGAUGUUGUGCCUACAUCAAUGAUAGGAUCACUUUGACGUACGGUGCUGAUGCGGACCAUGUUUUAUUCUCCAAAAAUAUCGUUCAACCUCUUGGCAACUUUUCUCUUCAAUUCGUUCUUGAGCGCUUGGGAAGCCCCUCUCUUUAUACCUCGCGGCACUUCUGAUAACGAACGCUUUUUGACACUGCUUUUAAGGCCUCCUGUUACACCUUUCAAAAAAUCUUUAGCCAUGUCUUUGACUCCGGCACCUAUUUGAGGAUCACCCCAGGAUCCGAUAAAAGGUGGUGGGGCAUAAGGUGAGGGGGUCUGCCAGCGCAUGAGACCACCACCUCCUUGUUCAUUUGGCACAUACACUUUAAAGCGUCUCAAACUUCCUCCUCUCAUGAUGCGAUCACCACAAACACACAGUUCACUUUAAAUCUUUUUUAUUAAUCCAACUGUUAUAUUUGCUAGGGUACCCUUUCCACUUGACAAACAAUUUAUCCUUUUGUCUCUUUAAUACUUUUUCCACUCGAAAAUAAGUCGCUUCAUCUACAUGUACUUUUUGCAAAUCCCACACAUAAAAUGUGCCUUGUAAGGGCGUGUCAUCCAAUUCUUGCACUUUAUAGGUCGUUACCAUUCCGGGUACGACUUUACGAACUUGAAACACUUCUUCCGUCCAUCCUGGUAGAUACCCUUUCUUAAACGGUCUAAAUUUUUUAUUCAAUCGGACUUUAUCGCCUACUUUAAAUGCAGGCUUUUUUUCUUUCUUAGUCUGAUAUUUCCCAUACAAAUUGUUCCACACUUCUGUGGCAUUGAUUGUGGUGACUUUAGCUGGUGUGGUUUUAAUACUCCUGUGAUAGGUGCGAUUGUAUUGAUUGACAAGUUUGGGCAAUAUGUCUACAUAUUUGAGUGUGUUGGCAGCCGUGAAAUAGCGAUACAAUUUCGAUUUAAGGGUUCUAUUAAAUCGUUCGACGAUACUGGCUUUGGCAUCUCCAUGAGUAGAAAAGUGAUGAAUCUCCUGUGUUUUCAUCAAUGAUUGAAAGGUCUGAUUGUAAAAUUCUUUGCCUGCAUCUGUCUGUAACGUCUGAGGUUUCCUUCCUUUGGCUUCCUUGAGUAUUUUUGCAAACGCAUCCGUCACAUCUUUUCCUGUUUUCUUUUUAAUCGGCCGGGCCCACGCGUAUUUGGAAAAGGCAUCGAUCACGACCAAUACGUAUCGGUAUCCCUUGUUCUGUUUGGAUAGGGUCUGUACUUCGAUCAAAUCUGCUACCCAUUGUUCAUCAAUGUCGAACACCACCACAGGUAAAAAUUCUCCUCGUCGACGUCUGGGUUUGUGAAGCGUGUACGCCAAUUUUUUCUCUAAUUCUUUUUUACCUUGAGCAAUAGAGAUCUUUUGAGCUUUGGCAUACGGUGCCACACCACCCAAACUACCGACGACACCGGGUUCGUCAUACAAGUCGUCCUUGACAUCUUUCUUAAUGUUCUUAACCAUGAUAAAUGACACCAAAGUUUGAAACAAUGGUAGGUGACCCAAUACUUAUGAAGGUACUGCGUAUACAAUUGAUUCCACGUCUUAUAUGUAUACUUCCCAUCAUAGUAUCUCAUAAACGUCAUCAAAUGAAAGAUACGGUCGUGUAGUGGAUGUAGGUGUGGUUUCACGACAAAUUUAAACACCUCAACUUCCAUGUCUUCGGGAACCCAUUGGUAAGGGAUUUUAUGCGGCUCAUCCUCUUCGAAGACGAUAUGUGGGAUGCGAUCACAAAGCCACGACACCAAUCGAUAAUGUAAGUAGCAUAGACAUUGACUCCACGAGGUAAGCAUGAUGAACUGGUGAUUUUUUUUCAUCGCCGACCCUUUUUAUAAUGCUUGACAUUAUCCAUAAUGCCUUUUAAAGCCUGUUUUCCCAGAAAUUUACCAAGUGUUCCAAAACCUGGUGCAGGACCCGAUAACAACAUACUUGCUGCGUAAGCUAAUUUAUCGGUAAGAGAGGGACCUCUACGAAGAAUUUUCUUAACCCUACUCACAGAAGCACCCCCACGUUGAUUGCGUUUUCUUCUUUUAAUCAGUGACCGUCUUACACGCCUCAUGAUUGACACAGACAAAUGACACAGUGUUUUUGGUGAUACAACUUUUAUUUAUUUCUCCAUAUUAUCUUCUAAAAACUGUACAUCACAAGCAAUACAUUCUAAGUCUUUAUCCGACAAUCCUAAGCGUCUAGCUAAUUUUCUAAACUUAGGCAUACCGAUCAACCAAGCGAUUUCAACAUGAUCGUCCAUAGACAAUGUAUCUAGCUUUGUGUUUCUACCCAUCAACCGUGCGAUUUCAAGAUGGUCUGUACUUAUCCCAUCUACAAAAAAAAAUUAACAAAACUUGGAAUUAUAACUAAAAAACAUGUGUAUUUUUACAUCUGGUGAAAGAAAAGUUUGAAUGAACACUAUGCCUAAAAAAUUAAUACAUUUGACUCUUAUUACUUUCUUUGAAGUAAAGGAAAAAGGGCUUCUAAUAAAUCAGCAAAUGUCAUCUUGACAUCUAUUCCUGAAAUGAAUCAUUCACAUCCAUCCGUAAGAAUUUGCACUGACCUCUUGUUGGGUUUAAAUCGCCACCAGGUAAAAAGAUCACAGUUAUGUCGACUGCAUCGCAAAUACAUUUUGCCAUAAUUUGUUUCUGAUUGAGUCAAAGACAAUGUGGGAGUCAUUCCACAUUCGCACACCAUCUUGUCGAUUCUGUCCAGGGUGAACCAGGGGUGACCCUGUCUUUGACAUUCAUAGUAAUAACGGUUGUAAUCACUGAGAUUACAAAAUACUGGGCAACGGGCGGACGAGCAACGGAGGAAUACAUCGUCACAAUCUUCUUUUUUAGAUUUUAAUUCCUCCAUCAUAGUCUGGUGGAUGGGACAUGGAUAACUGACUUCCACACUGUCCAACAAUUCUUCCAGAGAAGAAUAAUGAAACGUACCUGUACCUUCUACGCCAGGUACGAUUUCUCUUUCUUCCAAUACUUCAGUCUUCUCCAGGGUUGAUGGGUCAUUCUGAACACUUUUCACCAGCUGGUUCAACUCUUUCAGAGGAGAUGUUUGCUUAGAUGACUUGACUUCUGGUUUCAUAUAAUCCACCUCGAACUUGGGUAGUUUCACAUCUUUAGCAACAAAGUCUGGGUUCUUCAUAGGCAGUGCAUCUAUAACGAGACUACCUUUCAACUUUUUCUUAGCCCAUUCUUUCUUAUUCUUCAAAGUCCCUUUCUUGGCAUAAGGGUGAACCCUCUUUGAUGUCUUCUUAGUCUUGUUAUCUUCCAUCUUGCUUUCUUGAUGCUUGCUUUACACUCUGGGAGUAAGAAAUGUGAUUUGCCUGCUACAACGACUCCACUUUUAUAAGGAAAAUAUAUGAUCUUGAUUGACAGGUCCCUCUUGGGAGAUUGGGCAAGUUUGGGCUGAAUCUUUUAGACUUAAAUUUCGUAAUCUUUUUGUAAUCUCUUCCACACGUUUCUCUACAUACGCUUUUCUUAUGUUCCUAAUCUUGACAUUCCAUGCCGCUUCUUCCAUAAUUUCUUUAUAUUUGAUACACGAUUUACAUGUUUUGCAUGUACACGUAAAAUCGUAGGGAUAUUGAAAAACAGGCAUGUUUAUGACUCCUUCUACUUACGACUUCACUUUAAAUAACAAAUCCUAACCCCUAGAGAUUCGGACAGCCUUAAACAAUACUAGACAACUCUUGAGCAAGUCCUAGACAAGUUUAGACAACAUCUCUCUUGAGAUUUAGCUUGGGUGGGCAAGUCUGAGCAGAUGACGUCACACGCAACAUUUUGUGACGUCUUACACCACAUAAGUACCAGCCAUAGGACAUUUCGUGACAUUCAUACCACAUAGGGACUGGCUCUAAAGCAUUGCGCAUGCGUACAAUUUUAAUCAGAAGAUUGCACAUGCGCAUCACACAAAUAGGUAUCCCACAUGGAUGAUUUUUACGCUACCGUUCCAUAUAUAAAUCAAACCGACCCUUAUCUUUAAUAACAAAGAUGGCCGACAUGGACACUCGCUCAUUAAUAAUCUAUUUUUACUCUCGUGUACCUACACGUCAUGAAUAUAAUUAUCUAAUAACCCUAUCACGUGUACCUACAUGGCAUGAAUAAAUUAUUGCUCAAACUCGGACCCAGGCCGCGCGGGAAUUGCUAGUCAGACGCGCUAUACUACUGGCAAGAGUACUUUUUGUAAGAAGGCUGCAUAUGACUGGUCGAAAGCCUUAAAAGAUAUCCUUAUGAACUUUAGCAUUUUGCUUCUGAUUAAGUUCAGAGAUGUGUGUGACGUGGGAAAUGUCCGCAAUGUUUUACUUGCGUCUAAAUUGCUGGCCAGUGAUGGUCCGAUCUCAGUUGAUAGUCUCUAUGAUUACAUAAUUAACAAUCAAGAUAAAGUGCUUCUGAUUUUGGAUGGCUACGAUGAGUACAGCUGUGCAAAAGAACACUCACCCAUCCUUGAAAUUUGGAAGGGUGAGCAACUAAGAGAUUGUCACGUUAUUGUCACCACGCGACAACUUAAAUGUGACGAGUUAAUAGGCCUUAGCCACGUUCAGUUAGAAAUUCAAGGUUUCAAAAGCUGGAAACGAAAAAGGACCUUUGCGAGAAAAUUUUUGGCAGGUGAACAAGAUCUUGACGAGUUCAUGUCCUACCUGGAAGAAAAAGAUCUCGUUGACAUGGCAGAAAUACCUCUCCUCCUACUGAUGCUGUGUAUUUUGUGGAAAGAGAAACAUCAAGAAGGACUGCCAAAAUCACGAGCCGACACAUUCACACAAUUCAUUCAAACCAUGCUGGAUCACAAAGGUGAAAGUCACCAGCCUAUGCCAUUUCAGAAAGUGACCUCCACAGAAGCCAGAGAAGACCUGAGUAAUCUUGGAAAGGUUGCCUUUGAAGCACUUCUGCAAGACCGUCUUUACGUACGCUGCAGCAAACUCCCCGGCAAUGUUUCAACAAGUUUUCAAAAAUUAAGUGAAGUUGGGCUUUUCCAGAUUGUCAAUCUUACGAGUCUCAAUCCUGAGAAAGGAGCCUAUUUCAUUCAUAAAUCCGUACAGGAGUUCCUUGCAGCCUGGCACAUUAAAGAGGAAGUGUUGUCGAUUAAAGGAGAAAGUACGCCUAGCCUCUCCAAACUUGAAUCAUUUGAAAAGAUCGGGAAGAUGGAUGAAGUUCUCAAAUUUGCAUGUGAGCUGUCAACAGAAGCCGCGUGCGCAGUUUUCCAUCAUGUGGGGUCUGUUGGAAGAAAGGAAUCUGUGUCGGAAUGUGAUUUCAUUGAGCUGCUUCUGGAGGGUGAAGAACUGUCUCGAUAUGAAGAUCUUUAUCUUGAGCUUAUCUCGCAUAGCUACGUUUGUUGUUCGGCCGAGAAGAGGCGAGAUCUCCACUCAGUAUUUCCCUCUUUCACCGGAGAUGUUUUUUUGUAUCUUGAUUCUAACAAGGUGAACAUUACUGCAAAUGAACAUUUGCUGAAAUCUGGCAUGAUACCCGACCUUAUCUUUUUUCCUGUCCUCGAAGAUUCUUCAGAGAAAAGCUAUCGAGACUUGAUCACUGUAGCAGAGGACACAAAUGCAAUAUUUUUGAGCUGUUCGGGCGAAAAGAAAGCCGCAGAUUUACUGAAGAAGUUCCCGCGUCGUCCUUUAGGCGAUUUCUUUUUGAAGAGAGAGAGAAAAAUCGUCGUUUAUGUUAAACGAAUAUCGAAAGAAUUUGGUGACUUUUUUCCGACUGAAAUGCUGCGAGAGCUCAUUUCGCCAACAGCAGAGUCUACUCAGGUGACGCGUCUUAUUGAUCCGUUGAAUGAACACGACAGCGAAACAGCUUCGAGUUUGAAUCAGAACACUGAUAGCAUCACUGGUCCUACUCCUCAGAGCCUUUCCUGUGUGAAGCAGAUUUAUAUUUUCCACAUAGAAAGGCAAGAGAUAAAGAUGCUGGCUGAUUUCUUACCACUUUUCACUGCUCUGCGAUGGAUAGUUAUUCACGGUAAACCCUCUGAAAUUAUUGAUGCUCAGUUGACAGAGACCCUGGUGUCUCGUAUCAUCUUCACUGACAGACUUGACACAUUAGUACUUACUAAUAUCAAUUUAACAGCCAAACCUGCCGCAGUCAUCGCCAGAUCUCUGCACCAGGCUCCUAGCCUGCACAGUCUCCACUUGUCAGGAAACCCUCUUGGUGAAGGAGUAAGUGUUCUUACACAACAUCUCAGCCGUGUUCCUCACCUGGAACAGCUGUUCUUUUCUGAUGUUAAAAUGACAAAGCAACAAGUGAAUGAAUUGAGUGCAGCUGUACGUCAGAGUAACAUCUGGUUGGACACAAAAUACCAC